AUGCUUUUCACCCUCCCCGCCGAUAUCUGCCUCCAGGUGCUCUCCUACCUACGCACCGCCGAUCUUCUCCGCCUUCGCCUCACUUCACGUGGCGCGCACCACUUCUUUCUCCUCAACGAGCACUCCAUCUUUCACCAAGCUGCGGUAAGACACGCGUUCGUGCGCCCGCACACCGCCCUUCGCGACGCUGCGGCCCCACGGCCCGUCACAGACUGGAAGGACCUCGUGCGCGCGCAUGUGGCACUCGAGCACAACUGGGACGGGCGCGGGCACGCGCGCGAGGGCGGCUACGCUGCGAUCGGGCGCGAGGGCUCCGUCCUCUCGUUCUCCGUAGACGACUCGGAGGGCCAGCGUGUCGCGAUCGCGCUCACCAGCCGCGGCGGGCUCACCGUGCGCACGCUCGAGGACAACCGGCUGCUGUGGGCGCUGAGCAAGGAAUACGUCGCCGCAACGAAGAUCGAGUGUUCUUCCGGCUUCCUCGUCUUCAUGGCCAAACACUCCGGGCUCGAGAUCUGGCGGCGCGCGGCGGACGUCGGCGCCCCGCUCCUCGCGCGGGGCCGCCCGGUGUGCACCCCAGUGCCAUUCGGGUCUCCCGCCGCGCCGCGCGACUUCCAGGAGUCCGCGUCCGCGCUCGCGCCCGCAGACCCCCUCGCCGCCGCGAGCGGGCGCGGCCAACACGUCCCCCACGUGUUCAUCGACACCGCCCACGCCGGGCCUGUGCGCCUCUUCCGCGCCACCUUCCCGCUGCUCGCGUACAUCGGCGCCCACGCCCCCGACAAAGCCACCGUCGUCGACAUGGGCUCGGGCGACGCGGUCUGCGUGGUCGCCGUCGCGCCCGCGCCCGCGCCCGGGCGCGCGCUCGGCAUGCCCCCGCGCUUCCGGGUGCCCGCCAAGCAGCGGGUGCCGAUCGACCUCGCGCUCUCGCGCGCGCACCUGUGCGUGUGCGCGACGGACGUCGUCACGGUGUCCCGGCUCCCGGCGCACGCGCUGGACGCGGACGCGAUCGUCGAGGACGGGCCCGAGCCGGAGCGGCAGCUGGUGUUCGGCGACGCCGCGGCGCCGCGGAUGCCCGCGUGCGUCAUGGCGGCGCGCGGCGACGUCGACUCUGCGCAGGGGAGCGCGCCGCGGCCGUGCCCCGACUCGACUGCGCCGCGGUGGACGCUGCUGGGGGGCGCGGACGUGUUCGAGCAGUACGCCAUCCGUCCGUCGAGCGGGCCAGCCGGGACCUCGACCGCGCUCGUCCCGGUCGGAGUGCCCCAGCAGCAGCAGUCCGAGCCCGGCUUCAUCACCGCACGCUUCUCCCCGGACGGCCGCCACCUCGUCGCCGCGACCAAGCUCGGGCUGCUCGCCUUCGCGUGGGACUUCGCCCGCGCGGAGGACGGUGCGCUGUUCGAGAACAUCACCGAGGUGCUCGACACCCGGGAGCCCCUGCGCGACGUCCGCUGGGACGUGAACGACCGGCGGCUCGCCCUGCGCACCCAAUGGGAAGACGUCUUCGUCCUCACCCUCGACGCCUCGAGGCACGCCCUCAGCCCCGAGCCAGAUCCCGCCGACGGCGCUGUGGGGCGCCCGUCGAUCUUACGCGACGCGUUCGCCCAACGCCUCCGCGACUACACGAACCACGAGCUCGCGGGCUGGACGGGCGGGCACGGGAUGCCGUUCACCGGGAUGCAGAUGACGCCGACUGCGUUCUGGCUCGUCUGGGACGUGUCGCUGCUCAAGCAGGCGGUCGGCCGGCGCGAGCGGGCAGCACGCGGGGAGGUUACGAGCCGUGAGGUUGGGGGUGCGUCGGGGAUUGGGAGCUUGUGUUUCGUGGAUUUCACACCGGGGGUCUGA